AUGUAUCUUUUCUGUGAUGGAAUUGCAUAUAUCGGUAGUAAUGUCAUGUACAAAUUUCUGAGAUUCCAUGAAAAUAAGAACAUUGCAGAUCACGCACAAUUUCCAUUAGUUCGUGAUACCUUGACGGUUAAAAAGGUGAAUCAAUUAUUCGAAGAAAACACAUUCGAUAUACCUUUUGGUGUUGAGCGUGCACUAAUUCAUCUUGGAUUGCAAGAAUCGAUGUUCAAAAAUUUCGAUAGUUCCCAGUUCCAGAACGAAUUGCAGAAAUUGGUGGUCACCUUACGAGAUAUUUAUCGAAUUAAGCAUAUCGUUUUCGCGUUGAUCGCUCCAGUGAAUUUUCCCAAUAUAAGUCUCGAUUAUUGGAAGAAUUUAGAAGAAGUGAACGAGAAGAUUUAUUUCACUGCAACAAAACAAGACAAUUGUCUUUUUUGGAAUGCGUUUUCUCCAUUCGUAAAACGUAAUGAGCUUGUGCCAACUGAGAAGAAAUGGUUUAAAUAUACAUCAGAAGGCGCUAUUCUUUACGAUAUUAAAAAAGAAUUCUACAAGGUUGGUGGAAUAUCGCAUGGAUCAAAACCUGAUUAUGCAAGUUGGGAUAUUCUCAAUCUGAAUAAAUUGACUUACGAUAUGUGUAGCUUUUUCAAGAAAUACUGUGGGGUCAAUAUCUUCAAAACCCAACCUUAUAAAGAUACGAAGAAAGAUGAGAAACUCGAUAGCAUGUACGGUAAAACAGAUGAACCAGUUGUAUUCAAUCUCAACCAUAGUAUUCUCGAUGUACUUGAUCCAGUCGACAUUGAAUACUCGAAUAAAGACGUGUCACCGAAAAUAAAAGUUCAAUUUGGUAAAAUUGACGUAGAUGCACUAAUUGAUAACGGUUGCUCUCAUGUACUCAUGAAUGAAAGCGUUUACGAGCGAAUCGUCGCAGCAUACCCUGAAUUGAAGAAAAGUGAAGUCAAAGCUGAUGGUAUGGGUCAAAAGUUUUCGCUAGCUGCAACCAAAGCUCAUCCAAAAAUCACGAAAAUGGCUUACGUACCGAUGAGUUUUCCAACACAAAAGCCUAACAAAAGUGUGUUCAAUAUUCAGGCAUUUAUCGUCAAAGACCUGAAUACACCGUUGAUUUUGGGACGUAAUUUAAUGAGAUCAUUCGAGUUAGUAAUUCACACGUCAAAGAAUUACAUUGAGCUUACCGAUCCAACUGUAACAGCUCUCCAGAAUAAAACAUUCAAGAUUCAUUACAACGAUUCAGUGAAAAGCGCGAUGAAUUUCGAGUUACUAAAGGAUCCGAAACAAUAUCCUUUACAAGAAAAGAAGCAGUCGAGGGUACGGAACUCUCGAACAAACAUAAAGAAUGAUUUGUACGCGACCUGUCGCCAGAGCCAUAUACACCCGAUCAUUAACUCGAGUCCUGAGAAUUUAAAGAAAACGUUCUCAGCUGAAGAUCUUGACACUCGAGUAUUUGUAAUACGAAACGAUCAGGAAGACACUCUAACGAUCAAAAAACAAAACGUCAGAUGUCCAAUCGCCGAGAUCAUCGAGAUUUCUGUCUCCGCACUCGAUUUACCUACAUCUUUAUCUCGAAGCAUCAUGGAAUCUGAGAUCCAACGGGUGGAAUUGUAUAUCCGAGAGUAUCUGCUCGCUGUUUUUACCGCCAACCGUCUAUCACCUUGCAAGAGAUGCCUCAUUCCAAAGGAGACGCCGAAUAUACGUGAUUUACCAUCUCUUAUCGCCGUCGAGGUAGAAGGUCUAACAGAGUUCUUAUUCGAGCAAAUGGAGACUCUCUCUCGACCGAUAUCGCCCGCUCCUCCGACUCCAGUUCAACAACCAAAAUUAAGCACGAUGAUUCGUCGAGCGUUUUCAGAAAACGAUCUGAUUCUUCCUCCCGCUGUUUUCUCAUUUGUGCACGACGAAGAACAAUCCAAACCAAUCGCAACAAACUCGAGUGAAACAACGAUCGAUCUGACUGAAGGAGAAGAAAUCAUCAACGUCUCCGACGGUGGUAGUGAUGAUGUAUUUGAAGAAAACAUCGAUAUAUUGAACCAAACGAAUCGUCACCUAUCAACAUCAUCUUUUGAUGACGCAGCUAGAACCUCACAUUCGACCGAAUUUGAGAAUUUAUCGGUGUCUCUUACUCGAUUGCCAGCUCCUCUUAAGAGUGCGCUGAAGAGCCCCAAUGAAGGCUUACCACCGGCGAAAAAACUAAGUUACACCGAAGAAGACAGUACCGGUGAAAAGAAAACGGUUGGUUUUCGGUUUCCUGAGCCGAAGACGUAUCCACUCCAACAACCUAGACCUAGCGAAGAUGAUCCAUCAAUAGCGAACAUUUUAGCAACUCUACGUCAGAAUUCAUUGUUGGCCGAUCUCAACCUUCGUGAUCUCAUUCCACCGCAAAACCGACCAUCAACACUACCGAUCGGCGAAAAUGACUCGAGUUCUACGUCAACUUCAGCUAUCGUCACUGCUGCCACUGUUGAAAGUGAUGUCAUUGAUUCGAGUUCAACGUUGACUCCAUCAGCAACGGCAACUCAUUCCACCGAUGAAUCGAUGCAGGUUGAUCACGUUACCGAGAACAAUGUUGAAAAACCGAUCCAACCAGCUCCAUUAGCUGAUGAAAAUGAACCAGUCGCUCAAGCCGCCGCCGCUGCUGUUCCCGUCGCUGCUGUGGUUCCUGUCGUUCUUCCACCACCACAACCAGCAUAUGUAACGGCAAAGUUUCCUCGAUUAAACUACGCUGAAAUCGACGGUAUCCAAAUUUUUUGCCACGAAUUGAUUGACGACGAUGAUAUUUCUGAAUGUCGCCUUCGACCGUAUGUUCCUGAAGAAUGGCCUGAAAGUUAUCGACCGUAUCAAUUCGAGUGGGAUCCAAGCGACCGAGUAUUCGAACAUCUAGCUACCGAUCUUUGGGAAGCGCUGAUACGGGGAACAUAUGUUCAUUUUAAAAUCGUUGUUCCAAGAUUUGAGUAUUACGACAAAAGGCAAUCAUUCGAAUGGCCAAGAAUCGAUAUCGAGGCGGUUACUUGGCGUAACCAUCUUAAUUUGGUCCGCUCGACUUACCGUAACGAGAUUUAUCCACGCGAACAUGUUUAUCGUCCCAGAUGGUCAUACCAAAACCAGACCAACAUGAAACACCUCGUUACGGUCCUGGGAAAGAUCGCCAACGAUUACGUGGAAAUUAUCAUCGACCCAACGCUCCAGGUAUCGUUAAUUAACACCGCUGCACUCGAGUUUUUCGACAAGAACGUGUCAUUCGAAUUUGAAUUUCUUCGUCACCCUAAGGUAGUUUAUGUGCCAUGGAAGGACGAGUUCCGGUUAGUGGUACGACGAAAGGUGAAUGUACCAUUGAAAUUGACUCCCGGUAUCGAUCGCAACAAAAACGAUAUUCAUUGGUUCUCUUGCUAUGUGGCCAAUUUCGCGACUACGAAGAAAGUAGAGGCACAUCAUGGUACAGUCAUUUUGGGUGUACGAGAUAUCGGGCCACUGAUCAAGAGUUACGACCCACAGGCUGUGUCAAUCAAUCUUCGAGGACCACCUGGAAUCCCUUACUCGAGAACGGUCAGAUGUAAGGAGAAGGUACCGCGAGUUCGGAUGAUUGGUCUUCUCAGAAGCCUUCGAGCGAUGGAUCGAUUUAGAGUACGAGAUAACUUCUAUCCGGUAGAAGAAUAUCUUAUUAAAAAGAAGAAAUAAGAUUCGGUUUCAAAAUUUUUCCUUAUUGUAAAUUUUUGGUUUUUUCUUUUGUAGUUUCUGUUUCGAGUUAUUACGUUAUCAUCGUGAAUCUUAUUAUAUUGUAAUUUCAUUUUUCGUUUUUGGAUGGUGUGUUUUUUGGCGAUAGUCGUUUUCAUAUUGUUCUUUUUGUUAUUGUUUUUUCUUUGUUUUUUACAUUUUCACUGUUAAUCAUACUCGAGUUUAGAUUAGCUGUUUUUUCAAUAGUCAUUGUUAAUUGUUAAUUUUUCAAUAGUUUAACGUAAUGUAAUUUUUCAGUCUUGCAUUCGAGUUUUCCCUUCCAUAGAUUUUCUCUUUGGCAGGGGGAGAAAUUAUGUGCUAUAGACGAGCCUAAAUAGAAAUAGUUAGGCAAAACUUGGUACAUAAAUUCAAUGAGCCCAUCUCAAGGUUAAAAUCUAUGGUGGGAAACUCGAGUGAUUAUGACAAUAGGUAAUACCUACCUAUUCUUCAGUAUGUUUUUUCCACUCGAUUAAGAACGUGCGUUCGUAUUUUUUCUGUAAUUUUUUAUCUAUAAAUUUACCUGUCAUUACAUGGCAGCAUUCGAAUAUUUUGUUUAAAUUUGAACUUAUUAAAAUGAUAUAAUUUCUCCGGUAA